AUGCGCGUCAUCAUCAUCGGAGCUGGGCCCGCCGGCCUCGCCCUCGGUCAUGCCCUCACACAGGCCGGAAUCGACGACUUCGUCAUCCUUGAACGGCGGCAAAAGGUCGUCGAAGCGACAGGGGCAGGACUUGGCCUCUGGCCCCAUGCUGUCCGAAUUCUGGAUCAGCUAGGGAACGGGCUCUUCGAGGCCGCGGAGAAAAUCGUCCCCAAGAUGAAGAAGAGCGUGCGGUUGGGGAAUGAAGGCGGUCUUGUGCUCGCCACGGAUCUAUUCGCACAUGUCGAGGAAAAUCACGGCUAUGCAUUCUGGAUGUUUGAGCGGAUGCGGCUGCUCGAGCUGCUCUACACCCAUCUACCACGCGUAGAGGAGCGCGUUCUCACGGGGAAAACAGUUACCUCGCUGUCGCAGACAGAUAGCACAGUGACUGUCGAAUGCGACGACGGGUCAAAGUAUACCGGCGAUAUCCUCGUCGGCGCGGACGGCAUCCACAGCACAACCCGCACCUUACUCUAUCCAGGCACCCACGAUCCCGAAACAGAGCUCGCCAAGGGCUUCACCUCGACCUUCCGCGCCAUGUUUGGCUGCGGACCUCUACUCCGGGACUAG